AUGGCCACACUGAUGAACUACUUCUGUGUUGAACAGGUGAUCGUGUUGAAGAAGAGUUCCCCCUACAGCCCCCAGGGCCUUGAGUAUCUUCUAAAUGCUCCAUUCCAGGUUCCCCCUACAGCCCCCAGGGCCUUGAGUUCCCCCUACAGCCCCCAGGGCCUUGAGUAUCUUCUAAAUACUCCAUUCCAGGUUCCCCCUACAGCCCCCAGGGCCUUGAGUUCCCCCUACAGCCCCCAGGGCCUUGAGUAUCUUCUAAAUGCUCCAUUCCAGGUUCCCCCUACAGCCCCCAGGGCCUUGAGUUUCCCCUACAGCCCCCAGGUCCUUGAGUAUCUUCUAAAUGCUCCAUUCCAGGUGCCCCCUACAGCCCCCAGGGCCUUGGAUAUCUCUCUUCCAGCCUCUCUGAGUUUCAGUCCUGACAGAUCUCAAUUCUUUGAAUUUGAGCCUGUCUCUCUGAGCUGUGAGGUUCAGGGGAACUCUACUGGAUGGAGAGUGGUGAGGAACACAACGAGAGGAAUCCUUUCAGAGUGUAAUACUGACUGGGGAAACCAACAUGGGUCUUCAUGCAUCGUGUCACUAAUACCGUCACACAGUGGAGUGUACUGGUGUGAGUCUGGGUCUGGAGAACAGAGCAAUACUGUCAACAUCACAGUACAUGAUGGAGCUGUGAUCCUGGAGAGUCCUGCCCUUCCUGUGACUGAGGGAGAUUCUGUGACUCUGCGCUGCAGAUAUCAGGGAACUCCCUCUGGCCUCACAGCUGUUUUCUACAAAGAUGGAUCCCUCAUCAGGGCUGAGACUACAGGAGAGAUGACCAUCCCUGCAGUGUCCAAGUCAGAUGAAGGACUCUACAAGUGUUCCAACUCUAAAGGAGAAUCACCAGAGAGCUGGAUGACUGUGACAGGUGAGAAUAUGAGAAACCUUGACAUUCAGAUAAUCUGGUUCUUCUUUACACUGUUAAGUGGUAUGAUGGCUUUGUUAUCUGGAGCUGUGAUCCUGGAGAGUCCUGCCCUUCCUGUGACUGAGGGAGAUUCUGUGACUCUGCGCUGCAGAUAUCAGAGAAUUCCCUCUGACCUCACAGCUGAUUUCUACAAAGAUGGAUCCCUCAUCAGGACUGAGACUACAGGAGAGAUAACCAUCCCUGCAGUAUCCAAGUCAGAUGAAGGACUCUACAAGUGUUCCAACUCGAAAGGAGAAUCACCAGAGAGCUGGAUGACAGUGACAGGUGAGAAUAUGACAAACCAUAAGAAAAGCCCUUAG